GCGGCUCCCAGGAAGACAAACCGAAGUCACGCUGCAACUGUAUCAAGUCUACAUGUGGUCAAAGAUAAGAUACAUACAUGAAUACCGAGGUGUCGGUUCUUUACUUUGCAAAAAGUGCCGAAUUAACGGGGCUUAAAUCGGAGAAUAUAACUAUUCCGUCAAAUACAACCUCUCUACAACUGUGGCAGGACUUGGAGAAAAGACACCCAAGACUCUCUGUGUUACGGGAUCAAGUGGUGCUGGCAGUGCGUCAGGAGUACGUGCCUCUUGGUAAACAGCCCUUGACCCUCAGACAGGGGGACGAGGUGGCAGUUAUACCACCCCUUAGUGGAGGGUAGAGGAAUUAUUG